AAAAAAAAAAAAAAAAAAAAAAAACACAGAAAGAGAGCAAUACCAAAAAUCUCUUUUCGUCUUAGCCAAAAACAAAAAUCCAUAAAUUCAAAAACCCUAGCAGUGUCAUGAUCGUAUGCUCUCGGGCGCAUCGUAGCGGGCUCCAUCAUCAUCAUCAUUAUCAUCAUCAUCACCACCAUGAUCAACUCGGCGAACGGCAUGAUGUCAACGGCGGCCGCCGCCUCUUCUUCCUCUGCAUCGGGAAACGCGCAAUCGCCUGGUCUCAAGACCUAUUUCAAGACUCCCGAAGGCCGAUACAAGCUCCACUACGAGAAAACUCAUCCCUCCGGCUUUCUUCACUACACCCAUGGAAAAACCGUCACUCAGGUGACCUUAGCACAUCUCAAAGACAAGCCUUCUCCGUCGACCCCGCCUGCCUCAUCGUCUACCUUCGGUGCUAGCACCGGUGUACGAUCGGCAGCUGCCAGGUUUCUGAUUAGUAGCAAUGGGAGCCGGGCACUUAGCUUUGUUGGAGGCAAUGGUGGGAGCAAGAGCGUGAAUGCAAGUAAAGUUGGGUCGUUAGGGGUUUCGAGUUCGACUAGUGUGAGCUCUACUUCGAAUUUUGAUGGCAAAGGAACUUAUUUGAUUUUUAAUGUGGGCGAUGCAAUCUUUAUAAGUGAUUUGAAUUCCCAAGACAAGGAUCCCAUAAAGUCUAUACAUUUUAAUAACUCAAACCCCAUUUGCCAUGCAUUUGAUCAAGACGCAAAGGAUGGGCAUGAUUUGAUUAUUGGACUGAGUUCGGGAGAUGUCUACUCAGUGUCGCUGAGACAGCAAUUGCAGGACGUUGGAAAGAAGCUUGUUGGGGCUCAGCAUUAUAACAAAGAUGGUUCUGUUAAUAACAGUCGUUGUACAAGUGUUGCAUGGGUGCCUGGAGGUGAUGGCGCUUUUGUAGUUUCUCAUACCGAUGGGAACUUGUAUGUGUAUGAGAAGAGCAAAGAUGGUGCAGGUGAUUCUUCAUUCCCUGUCAUCAAAGAUCAAACUCAAUUUUCUGUUUCACAUGCUCGCUAUAGUAAGAGCAACCCAGUUGCCAGGUGGCAUAUUUGCCAAGGUUCAAUUAAUAGCAUUGCUUUCUCAACUGAUGGGACCUAUUUAGCUACUGUUGGAAGAGACGGUUAUUUACGUGUUUUUGACUACUCUAGAGAGCAACUCGUAUGUGGUGGAAAAAGUUAUUAUGGUGCUCUCUUAUGUUGUGCGUGGAGCGUGGAUGGAAAAUACAUUUUGACGGGAGGAGAAGAUGAUUUGGUUCAAGUUUGGAGCAUGGAAGAACGAAGGGUUGUUGCCCGGGGUGAGGGGCAUAACUCCUGGGUCAGUGGAGUGGCUUUUGAUUCAUAUUGGUCGUCACCAAAUUCAGGUGGCACAGAAAAUGUUACGUAUCGGUUUGGUUCUGUUGGUCAGGACACACAGUUGCUCCUGUGGGAACUGGAAGUGGAAGAGAUUGCUGUACCAGUGCGUAGACUGCCAGGUGGUUCUCCCACUUAUAGCGCUGGAAGCCAGUCAUCCCAUUGGGAUAGUGUUUGCCCAAUUGGCACUCUCCAACCUGCUCCAAGCAUGCGAGAUAUUCCAAAGCUCUCACCGCUGGUUGCUCAUCGGGUGCACACUGAGCCCCUUUCUGGUUUGAUUUUCACUCAGGAAUCUGUUCUUACCGUCUGCCGAGAGGGGCAUAUAAAGAUUUGGAUCAGACCCGGAGUUGCAGAUAACCAGUCAAAUAAUGCCGAAACUGUCUUGAGUACCAGCUUGAAGGAGAAACCUUCAUUGUCAAGUAAGGUCGGAAAUUCAAGCUACAAGCAAUGACCAAACUGUUGCUAGACUCGAGGCAAAACCGAGCUAUUUUUUUUUUUCCUUUUCCAUUUAAAUUACGGUUUUAUUUGCUUGUGUAGCUGUUUUUCGCCUAUCGUCCCAGUUGGUUUUAAGAACUGGCACCAAUGAGAUUUAACCAACGGGGUUUUAUUGUAUAGGACCAAAAUGGCCAUUUGAAGGCACUAUGAGGUUGGAGGAGGAGGAGGGAAUAUCCCUUUUGUAAGUACAGAACGGCCUUUCUAGGAUAUGUCUAAUUACUCACAGGAAUAAUUGAAGGCGCAAUCUUUGAAAUUUGUAUAUCUUAGAAGUGCGUUUUAAGUGGUUAUGGUUUACAUAAUAUAUGAAUCUUCAAGCGAUUCACUUUACUAAAUUUUGUUGGAUCCU